CCUAGGUAGCGAAGAGAUCCCCCUCAGCCACGACGAAUCUAAGGCGCUCAGUUCAGAGGCGCGAAUCGUUUCGAGCUUUACCAGCGCACUUCUUCACGAGCCACUGGAGACUCGGAGACCAGAUGGGCAGGUCAUGUUAUUAGCAGAACGCUUUAGCUCGAUUCAGCGAUUACUGCGCACAGUAGCUAUUAUUCUACGUUGGUUGCAGAGACGCCGACAUUUCCGUCAAGCGGUCAUAGGAGCUCGGGAAAUGGACGACGCCUUGGAAGUACUGAUCCGUCUUGACCAACAGACGCACUUCAUGGUCGAGAUUAAGCAGCUGGAAGCCGGUUCAGAUAAGAACCACAUCCUGCGCGUCGGAGGGCGGAUCGAAAACGCAGAGUUAGGACAUGACCAGCGAUUUCCAUUGAUUCUUCCGAAGUCUACCCCGCUCGUUAAGCUUUUAAUAAAACAAGCCCAAGAGACUACGCUCCAUGGAGGGGCGCAGCUAAUGCUACAUUCCCUUCGCCGCAAGUUUUGGAUUCCGCAUGCGAGCCAAGCCGUCAAGAGUUUUGUUCAUAAAUGCGUAGUGUGUCGUCUUCAUCGAGGACUGAUGUUCAAGCAGCAAAUGGCUCCAUUACCCGGGCAGAGAGUCAAGCCUGCACGACCAUUUGUUUCGUCGGGAGUCGACUACUGCGGCCCGUUUACGCUGCGAAUCGGAACUAAGCGCUCUCGCACUCUCGUAAAGACGUAUCUCGCAAUCUUCAUCUGCAUGUUACUAAAGCCGUCCAUAUAGAAGUGGUGGACGACUUAUCGGCGCAAGCUUUCCUCGACGCCUUCACUCGCUUCGUCAGCCGUCGUGGCCCUUGCCGUGACCUAUAUAGCGAUAAUGGCACCGCGUUCGUUGGUGCUAACCGUCUUCUCCAGGAGGACUUCGUGGCGUGGCACAGCGAAAGCAAUCACCGGGCAUUGGCCAGCAUGGGCACUAAU